AACACAGACCCAUACAAAAAUACACACACUGACAGAUACACAGUGAUUAAUAUAAACAGACUGACCCAUCAGUUUGCUACGGUUCAAAGAAUAAAUCUUCAUGUGAGAGUCAGGGUUUUCCACUAGUGACAAUUGUGGGGAUAUCAAAGUAAAAUUCAAAUUUUAGAUCAAAAUGGCCAAACUGGAAAAAUAUUUUAGUCGGUUAUGCUUCCAGUUUGGCUACGUUGGCCUUAAAUGUUAAAUUCACUUUGAAUUCUCGAUAUUUCUAAUUUUAAUGAAUAGUCUUCACAGUGUAAGUCUAACAUAUGCGGUAUAUGCAGCAUUCUCAACAAUAAAAGAACGGCUGUGGUUUCAAGUGCCACUAGAUGGCGCUGUAACUUACUGUUAGGUCAUUUCCUUACCUUCUGCUUUUUUCCCUCUCCUCAAGGCGUCUUUCCUCAAUAGACCGGAAACAGGAAGGCUUUAUAAACUGAACACUGAGCUGAUAUUGUUGAAAGCACCGCUGUAAGAUGGGAAAGAGUUGUAAGGUGGUAGUAUGUGGGCAGCACUUCGUAGGAAAAACAGCCAUUUUAGAACAGCUGUUGUAUGGAAACCAUGUGGCUGGCUCUGAUACCAUAGAGACCCAAGAGGAUAUAUACAUUGGAUCAGUUGAGACGGAUCGUGGAGUACGUGAGCAAGUUCGAUUUUAUGACACACGAGGAUUAAGAGAUGGAGUUGAACUACCCAAACACUGUUUCUCAGGCACAGAUGGGUAUGUUCUGGUUUACAGUGUGGACAACAAAGACUCUUUUAAGCGCCUUGAAGCCCUAAAGAAAGAGAUAGAUAGGUCCAAGGAUAAGAAAGAGGUGACCAUUGUUGUUCUUGGCAACAAGUGUGACUUGCAAGAGGAAUGGCGAGUGGAUCAUGAAUCUGCCCAGCAGUGGGCCAAAAGUGAAAAAGUGAAACUGUGGGAGGUGUCUGUGAGUGAGAGACGUACACUUAUUGAACCUUUUAUAUUUCUGGCUAGCAAAAUGACACAACCACAGAACAAAUCUGCAUUUCCGCUCAGCAGGAGAAACAAAGGAGGUGGUUCGUUGGACAAUUAAUUUCCUGUAUUCUUUUCUAUAGAGGUGAAUGCUAUGGCCUGUGCCAUCAUCCCAGCCUCGAGUGUCCACACUUCACAUACCUGCAUUUGACCGUACCUGAAACAGGUGGAUAUCAUCAACACCUUUAAAAAAAAAAACACUACAGGCACCCAGACCACUUCAGCUCAAUUAAGUGGUCUGGGUGCCAGGUCCCCCUAGUAGUGACCCUGCAGCUGAAAACAUAGCAGUUGUUUACAUUGAGGGUCAAUCCAGCCUCUAGUGGCAGUCUCCCUGACAGCCACUAGAGGCCGCUUCCGCGAUCCUCAAUGCAAAAAUCGCAUUGAACUCACGCUGGACGUCAAUAGGAAAGCAUUAAGUGAUUCUUUCCUAUGGGCAGUUUGAAAGCGCGCACAGCUCUGGCUGCGCAUGCGUAUUCAAAGCUGACAUCGGCAGGGGGAGGAGAGGUCACCAGCGCCGAGGGAGCCUGGCGCUGGAUUAAGGUAAGUGGCUGAAGGGGAGCUCUGAGGGAGGGGAGGACCUAAUAACCCUAUAGUGCAAGGAAAACAAGUUUGUUCCUUUAAGUCACACAUAACAUGGCAACGCUACAUUCAUCCAAACGGUUUCAUUUUUAUCUUUCUCUGUGACUUGUCUAAGUGAAUAUUUCCUUGUGAAUAUAUGACAUUUUUUUUAGAAUUGUAGGUUCCUCUUAUUUGAUACGUCAUGGAAGGUUUUUAUAUAAUCAGUGUCUUUAUGAUGUUCCCUAAAAUGAUUUAUGUGUCAUGAAUAAUACAUGAAGGGCCAUGAUUUACCAACUUAAUCCUGAAAUACUUUACUGAGAUGCAAGUUACCUUUCAUAUUGCUGCUACUCUUAUAUAAGUGUAGUUAAAUACCUACAUUCAUUGUGCAUGAAUAUGUUUUGUUUUGUUUUCCAGUGACAGUAGAACAAUAUAUUUGACGUAUUUCUGCAUAAUUAAAUCAUUUUAUGACCUUACACUA